AUGUUUGCACAAGGUUCACAUGUAUGGAUGCGCCCCAAGCGCACCAAUACGAAUAUACGGCAUUGCAUUCAUUAUAACGCGUUCGCAUACACGUUGAGUGGCCAAGCCGUAUUUAGGACCGAGGGAAGCACAACACCGUCUGACGCGCACUAUACCGUUGUGUUCUCGUGGCAAGAGGGGGAGUCAGGCAUACACAUCUCUGUGCCUGCCGAUGCCAAAGCGCCAGCGAGGUUUGUUCUGCUCGGUGGAAGACCAAUCAAUGAACCGAUAGUACAACAUGGCCCGUUUGUGAUGAACACGCAGGCUGAGAUUAGGCAAACCUUCGAGGACUUCUCGAAUGCAAAGAAUGGAUUUGAAGGUGCAGACACAUGGCAAGCCACUCAGGAUGUGAGUUUGGAUUAG